AUGCCCCAGGAUAUAUUAAGUGUAUUAAAGGACAACCCCCAAAAUGUAUUUGGGUUGUUCAAAGCAGAGAGUCAACAAAACUCUGGAUAUUUUAAUGAGUUAAUCAAAACAUUUUUGGAUCCUAUAACGAAGGAAUAUUCAGUGCUAGAUAAAAUUUAUGUAGACGGAUUAGAUUCUACACAGGUGUAUGGACAAACAAAGAUUGUAUUAGAAGGAGCAUGUGAAGAUUUGUUGUUUGACAAAAUACCAAAAUUAAAAUUAGAGCAUAGCUUGAUAAACCAUGAUAGCGAAGAGGAAGCUUCUGACGAAGAGAACAUGCAGCAGCAAAAUGAAACGGAUGAUCAAGAAGAAGAAAAUGAAAAUGAUAGUGAUAGUUUUGAUGAUGUAGAAGGACAAAAUGAAGAUGAUAUCGAAACCUUAAAUGAAGACGAUGAAGAAUCUGAUAGCCUUAAUGGUGAUGAUGUUUCAGAGACAGAAACACAAGUACCAUCAGAAGACGAAGAUGUUCAUCCUCCUAAAAAAGAUGCAUUUGGGUUGAAUGAUGAAUUCUUUGAUAUUGAUGAUUUUAAUAAACAAAUAUUAGCAUUGGAGAAUACUAAUAAUGCAAAUGACGAAGAAGAAAUAGACUUUUUUGGUGAUUUAGAUGAAGAAGAAGAUGAUGAUGAACAAAUGGAAUACUUUGACGAUUUUUACGACAAGCCAGGCAAAGUAAAAGCAUCAAAGUCUUUGGGGGAGAAUGGUCUUCAAGGAGAGAAUGAAGAUGAGGGGAAUGGUGAUGAAGAGGAUGAAGGCGAAGGAAAUAUUGAAGAGGAUGAAGAAUUAAAUGAAAAUGAGUAUGAUAAUGCUGUUGGGUCAGCAAUGUUAGAUUUAUUUGCAGAUGAAAACCAAAAAUCCAAGGAUACAGAAAAUUUAUCGUCAUACCAAAAGCAACAACAACAAAUUCAAGCGGAGAUUGCUGCACUAGAAUCUGAAUUGGUAGCAGAUAAAAAAUGGACUAUGAAGGGCGAAAUAGCGUCUAAAGAUCGUCCUCAAGAUUCGCUAUUAGAUGACCCAGAGUCUGCAAGUUUAGAUUUCGAUAGAACCUCAAAGCCAGUGCCGGUUAUCACUCAAGAAGUCACAGAAUCAAUAGAAGAUUUGAUUAAGCGUAGGAUCAAAGAAGGCGAGUUUGAUGACUUACCGAAAAGAAUUAUAACAGACAUUUCUAAAUUUCAUAAUAGACAAAAGUUUGAGUUAUCGGAACAAAAAUCAAGCAAAUCUUUAGCUGAAAUAUAUGAAGAUCAAUAUAAUAAUGUCGAUGAAAAUAAAGAAAUAUCCGAAGAAUUACAAAAGCAACAUGAUGAAAUAAGUGAAUUAUUUACAAAAGUUACUCACAAAUUAGACUCAUUAUGUUCAGCACACUUUAUUCCAAAGCCUCAUCAAAUGAAAACUAUUGACAUCAAGGUAUCUGAUGCUGCAUCGAUUAGUAUGGAAGAUGCACAACCAUUGCAUGUUUCUAACGAGACGACGUUAGCUCCUCAAGAAAUAUAUAAAAUUGGUGAUGAUAAGCCUGCAGCAAAUGGUUCCAAAGGUAGGUCAGAAGUUUUGCUUAAAUCUGGUUUAUCCUAUUCUAAGGACGAAUUAUCAAGAGAAGAUAAACAAAGACUCAGAAGAGCAAAUAAAAGAAAGAAGUCGAAGCACUUUAACGAAAGAAAGGAGUAUCAAGAACAGAAACAGAAACAAGAUACUACACCUUCUAAUGGUAACAAGAGACAGAAGGUUAGUGAUGUUGUCAAUACUCUAUCCAAUGCUAAGAAUGUCACAAUUAUUGAUAAGAAAGGUGAACUUAGGGAUGCGAAGGGUAAUAUUAGAAAAUCUCAAAAACCUAAGGGUUCAAGUGGCUUUAAAUUGUAG